AGAGUCUAACGGAUAUCAUCUACGACGAAAUCCGACCGCAUCUGAUCCGGAUCACCGACCUCAACGCACUCGCGGAGCUGUGUGAUGUGGUAUCCACUGAGGUGCUAGCCGAUCUGUGGUCGAAUACGGACUACACUAAACUCAUCUCCUUUGUCACGGUCAUGGAACAGAUCCAACAGGACAUACAGGAGAGGAUG